CUUCAUCCUCCCUUCUCAGCGCUCGCUCGCUCUCCGCCUCCUCCUCUUCCUCCCCCACACCCUUCCACACGUCAGGCUCGCUCUCUCCCUCCUCUCCUCGUCCUUCUCCCCACCUCCUGGCGAUUUGUUGACCGCAACUCGGCGUUGUCCCUGGCUGUAGCUGUUGUUUCCACCGGUCCUCCCUCCCGUUCACCGCAGCCUCCAAUGCAGGCGGCGUUCUUUCUCCUCGCAGCACUCGCCUCGACGAGUGCUGUCAUGGCACUCAAGUCGUCGGAAAGUCUUUCCUCAAUCCAGAAUGCCUUGCAAUACUCUCAGGGCAUGGCCUACGUCGAGCGCACUGCUUUCGUUGGAGGGCAACUCGGCAGAGUGUCGUCGCUGAACGCAGGAGCGGCUGUCUCAGCUCCUUCAGCUCCUCUCCGCGUCUCCUUCUGUCCUGUGGCGAUGGAAGGCGGCAAGAACUGCAUGCGGAUGUACCCCCCGAGCCUCCGCGUCACAAGGUGGGGUGGAGCUCAGCGCAGCCGCCAAGUCGUCCUCCAUGCUGGCAACCCCGAGCAGGAGCCGACUCCCGUCGAGGCUGAGGUCGUCAACGACGAGGUCUUCGACCCCCUCGGUCUGGGAGGAGGAGCAGGAGCCAGCGGCGAUUUCGAUGCGAACCUUGCUCAGAGGAAUCUGUGGGAGGCCGUGAAGGUCGAGACACUGAGAAGAUUGCCUUUGCCGUGAGCAAGGGAGCCGACAUCA